GUUGGUGCCUUGGAACAGGCAAUGCUGGAUGCCCUAGUGAUGGACCGUGUAGAUUUUGUGAAGCUGUUAAUAGAGCAUGGAGUGAACAUGCACCGUUUUCUUACCAUAUCUCGUUUGGAAGAACUCUACAAUACAAAACAAGGACCAUCAAAUCUACUUUUGCAUCAUCUUGUUCGAGAUGUGAAACAGAAUACCCUUUCCUUGGAUUACAAGAUAUCACUGAUUGAUAUUGGGCUGGUGAUAGAGUACCUUCUUGGUGGAGCUUAUCGAAGCAGCUACACAAGGAAGCAUUUCCGAAUUCUCUACAAUGAUCUCUACAGAGAACACAAGAACCUGUCUCAUUCCUUUCAUCAGAGUAAUCAGACAGGUAGCAGAAUGGGAUCUGCUGAAAAUACUUUGCAUUCUCAGUUCUUCAGAACUGCACAGCCUUACAAAUACAAGGAUAGAUCCACUGCAUUCCAUAAGUAUAAGAAGAAAUCAAAAGAGGAUAUAAACUUUGCAGAGAACUAUGAGUCAUCUGGCUUUAUAUACCCCUAUAAUGACCUCCUGGUUUGGGCAGUAUUAAUGAAAAGGCAGAAGAUGGCAAUGUUCUUCUGGCAGCAUGGAGAGGAAGCCAUGGUCAAAGCUGUUGUGGCUUUUUAACUCUACAGAGCAAUGGCACGUGAAGCGAAACAGAGCAACAUGGUGGAUGACACUUCAGAAGAACUCAAGAAGUACUCAAAGGAAUUUGGGCAGCUUGCCUUAGAUGUGCUGGAGAAAGCAUUCAAACAAAAUGAGCAGAUGGCCAUGAAGUUGCUGACCUAUGAACUGAAAAACUGGAGCAACUCAACUUGCUUAAAACUAGCAGUGUCUGUGGGGCUGCGGCCUUUUGUAUCCCAUACUUGCACACAGAUGCUGCUGACUGAUAUGUGGAUGGGACGCCUGAAGAUGCGGAAGAACUCUUGGUUUAAGGUCAUUAUGAGUAUUCUCCUGCCUCCUACCAUCUUGAUGCUGGAGUUUAAAAGCAAGGCAGAAAUGUCACAUGUGCCUCAAUCUCAAGAUUUCCACCAGUUCACAUGGUAUUAUGGGGAUGAGAGCCCAACCAGCUCUAAAGAUGCCUUGUCUUUGAAAGAUUAUGAUGUGGAGAAGGUUGCUCAGAAGUCUGAUGAAAGCCAAGCACAUGGUGGACAAGGAAACUUGCCUGGCACUAGGAAAAUCUAUGAGUUCUACAAUGCACCAAUUGUCAAGUUCUGGUUUCACACGAUGGCGUACAUGGCGUUUCUCAUGCUCUUCACUUACACUGUGUUGGUGAAGAUGGAGCCAAGACCAAGUAUACAGGAGUGGCUUGUUAUCAUUUAUAUUUUCAGCAGUGCUGUUGAAAAAGUCAGGGAGGUAUUUAUCUCAGAACCUGGAAAAUUCCGUCAAAAAGUGAAGAUGUGGAUUCAUGAAUACUGGAAUUUUACUGAUUCUAUAGCUAUCAUCCUGUUUAUGAUUGGCUUUGGCUUGCGCUGGUCUAACCCCCCUGUUCGAGCUGCAGGAAGGCUACUUUACUGCUUGGAUAUAAUAUUUUGGUAUGCUCGGCUCCUUGAUCUUUUUGCUGUGAAUCAGCAUGCAGGCCCAUACUUGACAAUGAUUGGGAAAAUGACAGCAAACAUGUUCUAUAUUGUGGUCAUGAUGGCCAUAGUCCUGUUGAGUUUUGGGGUGUCACGAAAGGCAAUCCUUUCACCAGAGGAGCCUCCUUCUUGGACUCUCGCACGAGAUAUUGUAUUUCAGCCCUACUGGAUGAUGUUUGGUGAGGUCUAUGCUGGAGAAAUAGAUGUCUGUGAAACCAAUGAAGACUGUCCUCCUGGCUCCUUCCUCACACCAUUCCUCCAAGCCGUCUACCUCUUUGUGCAGUACAUCAUCAUGGUCAACUUGCUUAUUGCUUUCUUUAAUAAUGUUUAUUAUGAUUUGAAAUCCAUAUCGAACAAGCUUUGGAAGUACAACCGUUACCGCUACAUUAUGACCUACCAUGAGAAGCCAUGGCUGCCUCCACCAUUCAUCCUCCUGAGCCACUUUGGACUUCUGAUAAACUGCAUCUUCCGCCAUCGGCCCCAGAAUGAGCUGGAUCAAGAGGAAGGCGAUGUUGGACUAAAGCUGUACCUGAGUGAUGAGGAACUAAAGAAACUCCAUGACUUCGAGGAACAAUGUGUGGAAAAGUAUUUUCAUGAGAAGAAUGAAAGCCUGAAUUCCAGUGACAGCGAAAGGAUCCGUCUGACAACAGAAAGAGUGGAGAAGAUGUUUCUGCAGCUUAAAGAAGUGCAUGAGAAGGUGUUUUAUAUCAAGGAGUCUUUACUCUCCCUGGACAGCCAGCUAGGACAUUUGCAAGACCUGUCUGCCUUGACAGUGGACAUCCUGAAAGUGCUUUCAGCUGUAGACACCUUGCAGGUGGAAGAAGCCUUACUGGCUGACACAAAACAUCAAACCUGUAAGAAGCUGCCCCAUAGCUGGAGCAAUGCACUCUAUUCCAAGACCUUGAGCAGCCUGGAGUGUUUGUAUGACAAGAAAUAUCACUACUACAGCAUGCCACCCUCCCUCUUACGGAGCUUGGUAAGGAACCAGUGGCCCUCAGAGUCCAAAGACCAUGUAUCGAGGACUGGGAGUAACAAGGUGGUAGAAGACAGCUCUCGCAAGAUAGAAAUGGAAAGUGACACACUCACUUCAGGAGUAUCCUCUGAGACUAAGUCAACCCCUAGAUAUGGCAGAUUUUUGCUGGUUCCCCCUGACCAUCAGGGAGGGUCUUUCACUGAGGAUGUUACUUUAGACUUAUCAUUUUUAAGCACUCCUUCCAAACACAGGGACGAUGCAUUCAGAGGUGAACUGCAAAGUAGCAUUGUGGUGCAGCCAAACUUGCAGAGUGUCAGCCUCACUGGAAAAGAGCCAAAAGAUUAUCAAUGGAGCCAGAGAGACUUUGUUAUUAAUUUACCAUCCAAAGAGACUACUGCCAUAGAGACUGAUCAUCCUCUUGGUCUCCAGCCAUCACUGGAUAUUGAAGAGAGUGCAGCACCCUCCUGCCACAACAGAGAAGAAACUGAAGGUGGUUAUGUGAACUGGGGAUUCUCCGAAGGUGACGAAAAAGGGGUUUUCAGCUCAGAAACAAAGGCAGAAGCCCUGUGCAUACAUUCCACCUAUAACAGCGACUGCAACUGCACGGGUAGUCCUUCCAGGCAUGUCCAGAUAAGAGAAUCAAAGUCCUUCUCCUACAACUCUGACAGACCACAUCACAACAGCAUCGUCUCUCAGAACAAGCUGAAAUACAGCACCUCCUUCUGGAUGAGCCCACUCUGGAAGGACUGGAGUUUCUGCAGGAGCAACAGCUUACAGUACCCUAAUGAAGAGAAAAGAGGGAAAACCUGCAAGGCCACAG